ACAGGAAACGAGUGAAUAGUUUCCAUUUGUAAGCUAGUACGUGUGUGAAGCUUGGAGACAAAAUGUGCUCUUUAGAGACACUUCCCAGAAGCAUUGCAUGGAGCAGUGGGAGUUCUGGACUGCCAGGAAUCUGCUGGUUGUGGAAGGAGGGGAGCCGAGGGGCAGGGAGGGAAUUACCCCAGAUGUUCCAGUACCACAUCUGUGUGCUCGUGUUUGGUGCUUCCAGCACCCGAGAACUGCUGGGUAUCCAGUAUAACUGCAUUUUGAAAUGUGCGUUUUUACAACAUUCCCUUUUUCUUAAUUACUGUGACAAGGAUUCAUUUCCUCCUGUGUCUGACUGAGCCCACAGGGAAGAUGUGCAGGGGCCAGGCUUGGAGGCUGGCGUGGUUCUCAAUUUGGCAAAUGAGGGAAAAAAGCUUUGUAGCUUCCAGAUGUUCAGAGUCACCCUUUUAUCACUCCUUUGGCCAAAAGCUUUGUGCUCUGUAGUGGGACGAGAGCAGCAGCUUUAGAAGCUCCUUUCUCCCAGAGCGAUGAGCUGAUGGUCAGUGUUGCUUUUUUGGGGCAGCAGUUGCUGUUUGUGUGAACAAGAAUUGAGGGCAGGUGGGAGUUGGAAACUCGUGGAAUUCCAAUUCCUCCUCUCCGUCCUUGGAAACGUUGCCUGGCCUGUGGUCUCUGCUUUGGAUAUCUCGGGGGUCAGUGAAUCCUUGUAUACUGGGUACCCACGUGGUUAAUUAUUACUUUAAAGUAUUAUUUUAAGGACUUCUAUUAUGUCUGGUUUUAGUUUUUCUCCAUCUGAUAUUUUAUUGACGUAUGUGCUCCCAAGUCUAGAUCUUCUAAAGCUGACAUCAGCUGACAGAUUCACAGGAAUUUACUUUGUGUAUUUAAGAUUUAACAACCUAAUGCUUAAGUGUACUGACUGGAAUAUGUGCAAUAUUUUACAGUUUUCUCAUUCUGUGAAUAUUCAUUUUAAGCAACCUUACUGAAAUGGGACAAUUUGGAAACGUUAUUUCAUGUGCCAAAGAGGAGAUCUGCCUGAAUACUGACUGUUCUCCGGAACUGAUGUUCCCAAACAUCCUGAUUUCUCCAAUGGCUGACUUUUUGCAUCAGAAAGAAUUCUGUUCUGGAUGGAAAUGGACCCUUAAACCCUGCUGGAAGCUGACCCAUGCUGAAGAGGAGCCGCAUUUCGUGGGAGAACUGCUCCAGGAGCUGCAGCUUUUACCAGACACCUGGUUCUGCCCUGUUGCAGGGGAACGUGUGAACCUAAAAUUCUAUAACUGAGUAGUUUCUGAGCACACUGUAUGUUGUCUUGAUGAAAAUAACAUGUUUAUUGCAUGAGAGCAGGCCAGUAGAGAUCCAGCAGCAAAAGUGAAGUUAAAAUUGGUUCUCUUCUCACCACUGAAUUUUCAGCAGUCAGACUUUGUUUCUGUCACACUCCCUCCCCUCGAGGGUUUAUUUUAGUUACUUCUUUUGUUUUAGUAAAAUCACUCAGCUUCUCUUUAGAUUUACAGGAAUAUAAUGUUGAAGUCUAGUAACUGAAAGCAGAAAGGAAAUAGCCCUUGUAGAAGUAAAACCAAGUCAAAAAGCCAAGAGAAGAAGCCCAGAGCGCUUUGCAGGGCCUUGCAGCCUCCCGCUCUCCUGUUUUUCAGGAACUACAUGAACGACAGCCUGAGAACAGAUGUCUUUGUGAGGUUCCAGCCAGAAAGCAUUGCCUGUGCCUGCAUUUACCUGGCAGCCAGGACACUGGAGAUCCCGCUUCCAAAUCGCCCGCAUUGGUUUUUACUGUUUGGAGCAACGGAGGAAGAAAUUCAAGAAAUCUGCUUAAAAAUCUUGCAGCUCUACACGAGGAAAAAGGUGGAUUUAUCUGAUCUGGAAAGUAAAAUAGAAAAGAAGAAAUUGGCUAUUGAAGAGGCAAAAGCACAAGCUAAAGGUCUGGUACCUGAGGGAGUUCCGAGCUUGGAUAACACAUCGGGAUUUUCCCCUAUCCCAAAAAAUGAGUCUCCAAAAGAGGUUAAAGGGAAUAAACCUUCACCGCUACCUGUGCAGGCCAUGAAGAACGCUAAAAGGAAAACAGAGGGAGCCAAGAGAGCCGGCUCCAACAGCCCAGUGAAUGGUGUCCAGAAAGGGAGAGAGAGCAGAAGUCGAAGUGGAAGCAGAGAUCAGAGUUACUCCAGGUCGCCGUCGAGGUCUGCAUCCCCUAAGCACAGGAAAAGCGAGAGUUACUCCACGUCCAGCGGCUCCAAAUCCCACAGCCGCUCGCGGAGCCGCAGCGAUUCCCCGCCGAGGCAGUUCAACCACGGCUCGGGCUACAAGGGCUCCAAGGUGAGGAGCUACAAGAAAUCCAAGGACUACAAAUACUCGGGGCACAAAGGGCGCAAAUCGCGCAGCCGGAGCUCGUCGCGCUCCCGCAGCCGCUCCCGCGAGCGCUCCGACCACUCGGGCAAGUACAAGAAGAAGAGCCACUACUACCGGAACCACCGGCACGAGCGCUCCCGCUCCUACGAGCGCGCCGGGCACCGCUACGAGCGCGAGCACCCCGGGCACAGCCGGCACCGCCGGUGAGCCGGGGCGGCUUCCGGGGGAAUUCCCACCGGAGAGCCUGGGGCUGCUUCCGGGGGAGAUCCUGCUGGUGAGCACCAGGCUGAUUCCUGGGAAUUCUCACCGGUGAGCCCUGGGGCUGUUUUCUAGGGCAGUUCUCGGUGAGCCUGGGCUGCUUCUGGGGGAGUUUCUGCUGGUGAGCCCUGGGGCUGCUUCCCAAGGGAAUGGUCACCGGUGAGCCCUGGGGCUGCUUCCCAAGGGAAUGGUCACCGGUGAGCCCUGGGGCUGCUUCCCAAGGGAAUGGUCACCGGUGAGCCCUGGGGCUGCUUCCCAAGGGAAUGGUCACCGGUGAGCCCUGGGGCUGCUUCCCAAGGGAAUGGUCACCGGUGAGCCCUGGGGCUGCUUCCCAAGGGAAUUCUCAGCAGUGAGCCCUGGGGCUGCUUCCCAAGGGAAUGGUCACCGGUGAGCCCUGGGGCUGCUUCCUAAGGGAAUGCCCAUCCCAGGGCUGCUUUCUGAGGGCUUUCCCUCCAGCACCUGGGCACAGUUGGUGAGAUGGGGUUGCUUCCCUCAGCAAUUCCCUCUGGCCCCACUGGUGAACCAGGGCUGCUUCCCUUGGGAGUUCCCUCUGCCAGCAGAGCUCUUUCCCGUGGUUUGUGCAGUACCAGGGUCAAUGUGGCUCGUGAACCACCGCUGGCUUGAGCCGCGUUGUGCCAGCAGUUUGUGCCCAUCCGCAAAUCCAAAGGAAGGACUGGCAGGGUGGGGAGCGAUGCCAGGAGUGCCCCUGUCACCCUCCCCUCCUGCUCUUCAGUGACUCCCCCAGCUCCCUGCAGUGUUUGGGAUUUGCAGUCCUGCAGCCGCAGCUCCGUGGCCCAUCCUUGGAAUGCUGUGCCCGGCAGUUCCUCCCUGUGGAACUGCAUUGCUCCUCAGCCCCCGGGAGUGGUUUGGUGCUAACAAAGCCCUCUUUUCACACAGGCUCCACGACGCUGCACAGGUGGGAGGUGACCUUUUUUUUUUAAGACCUGUUGCCUAUAUUAGGUUCUCUGUGUAUAUAUUAUAUUUUGCAGUGUUACAGUACAGUAUGGGAAAAUGGCCUUCCUUAGCCUUUACACUUUACCCACAGUGUAAAUAAGCAUUUGUUUAAUACAGGUGAAGAUAUAUACAGAAAAUUCAAAACUUGAAUUCUAUCAAAAAAAAAAAAAAGACUUGUGUAGAAAAUUCUGAUAAAUGUGAAAGUAUUUAGCUCUGUGCAUUGAGAGUAGUAUAUUUUUAUCUGUGCAAUGCUGUGUGCGGGCCACCAGCUCAGAAGACAUUUCCUAUAUAUCCAGUUGAAGUGGUUGAAAAUUCUUUACUCAGGAUCUUUGACACUCUGAAGGAUUCAUGGUUUGUCAGUCUGCAUGCUUGAUGAACAGAGCAGUUGAAAACCAAUUAGCAGAGCCCCACAGCCCAGUAGUAUCAGUUCUAGUGGUAUAUCUGAGCUGUUACUCUCAUGCUCCCUAAUUUCAUUAAAGUAUUUGAUUUUCU